GAAAUUAAAAGUAUUUAUUUCAUUUUGUGCUACAUUCAAAAGAGUACAUAGGAAUAUAUCUUUAUUUUGUCUAAAAUUAGCAUGAAGGUAUAUUAACAUACCACUAAAGUUUAUAUGUUUAUUAUAUAUGUACUUGUGUACAUAGAACGAACCUUUCUUACGUAUCAUAGUUAGCAUAAAUGAAAACAAAAUGGGAGACUAUUCUGUAGAACUAUGGGAUAAAGUUUUGGAAGAUACACCUUUGUAUAAAAAGCUAAGUGACAAUGUGAGCAAACCGAGUGUGAUAACUGAUGAGUGUAAAACGUUAAAAAUUACCGGUAAAAAGAUUAGUAAUGAACUCUGUAAUAAAUUUGCAAAAAAUUUGCAACAUGUAUAUAGCAUAGCAGAUAAGACUGAACAUGACAAUACUUGUGAUAAUUACAAAUAUUGGAUAUUUAAUCAAAUGUGGAAAUUGAUUGGAUCAAAAAAGAACGAUCCCCUUGCGAAGGAAGUUAUAGAAGAUUUCUUGAAUAUUCAAACGAGCAUUAGUAAAAAACAGGGUAAAACUACUUGUCAAUAUCAUUUUAAUUACAAAGAUUACGAAGAAUUUGAAGAAAAUUUAGAAAAGAUGAAUUUGAAACAUUAUUUCAAAAAUUAUGAAACCAUUAAAAAGAACGCUAGCUCUAAGGAUAAAUACGAUGUAUAUCAUAAGUACGUACCCUACAUUAUAAAACUAUUUGAUAAACAUUACGAGGACUGUGGUAAUACUGUGGAUUAUUAUUUUAAUGAUUGUGAACCCUUUUUUGAAAAAGAAAGUGACAAGUUCAACCCGAAGGAUCUCUUACCCUUACUAGAAAAAGCUAAACCCCAAGCAGCAGCUGCUAAAACAAAGGAGACAGGUGCAGCAGUGCAAAAUAAAGGACAGGAGCUUAAUACACCCGGUGGAGGUGAUGGUGUACAUUCAAAAGGUGAAAAAUUAAGUGCUGGUACUGAAAAUCCUGGAGCGGGUGGAUUAGAAGGUAAAGAUAAAGCAUCGCGUCAACAAGCAAGUAGUGCAGUGGGAACUGGACCCAGUGAUGUAAAAGUGCAAGUAAAAAAACCCGAAGAAGCACCUAGAUCUCCCUUUUCAUUCAAUCCAUUUUCAUUUUGGAGUUCCUCAGUUUCUAGUACUCAGCAAAAAUCAGCUAAUUUAGUAGCCGGUCAAGGCCAAAAGGCACCGAAGGAACUCGUACCGCCAGCUAAAGGAAAGGCUGGGGAAACAGCUGACCCCCCUCUUAAAUCAGCGCCUGCUCCCAAAGUAACAGGAACUGGUAAAGAAUUAACAACUGCGACAAAGCUUCCAGAAGCAGAAUCUGGAAGGCCAAACCCUGAAGCUGCAAAACCUGUAGCGGCAAAGCCUGUAGCGACAAAGUCUGCAGCACCAGAACCUGCAAGGGAACCCCCCGUAGGGGUAAAACCUGCAGCGGCAAAACACGUGGUGGUAAAAACUGAGCCGGCAGUAUCUGAGCCGGAAAAUCGUCGACGGGAAGUAAGUGAAACGUCAGGAACCUUGCAUAAUGAAGCACCUUUGAGUUCCCUACCAGUAGGUGGCGCUGAGCAGGGCGUUCAUGUAGCGCAAGUUUAUAAUCCAGAGCUUGCAAGCAGUGAAGUACCUUUGGCCGUUGCUGACACCCCUAGUGCUGUAGGAACUACACAUGAAGAGUUAGACUCAAACUUUUUUCGUAACAUCAUCAUGGCCGUUGCAGUACUUGGAACAAUUUGCUUCCUUUUCUACUACAACAGGUCUUCUCGAUUAGAAUCAAGUUUACGCAAAAAGAAAAAGAAAAAGGGAAAGAUAUUUGAGCAUAAUUACUACGAAGAGUAUGAAAAGGAGUUAGAAAUGUAUGGUUCUGAGGAAACGUUUUUAGAUUCUGAAUCGGAUCGAUUAUAUUUGAAUUAUCACCCUGAUCAAGACUCUUACUACUAA